ACGUUAUUCGCAAUCCGGCAGUUGUCGCGUUCGGCUGCAGAUCGGAACUAUCACUUGGAUCCUAUACGCAAGGCGAAGAAUUUGCUGGUUGUGUCUUCGAGCACGCGUUUUCAUUGGAUCGAAAUUAGAUUUACUGAAAUGUUGCCCUUUCGAUGGGGCAUGCUGAUUGGUGUGGUGCUUCUCAUAGCAUACACAAAUGGAGCGGCCAUAGAUCAAUCAUCUGUUAAUGAUGAUGCUGAGCUAACUCCCCUGACUGAUUUAGAGAGAACCAAAAGAUAUGUUCGGGGACAAACACAGUCUCAGUACUUAAACUUCGGUAAGCCCGAAGAGGAUGGCAAGGCGGAGGCGGAAGCUAAUGAAAAUGGGUCUCGUUCAACUGUUUCUGGAAGUCAUGGCAUGGGACAAGCACAGAGUCAGUUUUCUUCAGGAGAUUGCAGUGAAUGUUCUGGAUAUCCUAGUGCCAGUGGCGUAGCAGGUGCCGGCGGCUCAUCUCUAUAUCCGAGUGGUCCCGGCCUCUCCGGUAGACCCGAUGCAAUCAUAAGUCUUCCUGGCACUGGAACCGGCUAUGGACAACAACCAGGCGGUAUUGGAACUCAGCCCGGAUAUGGACAAACUGGUGGUCAAACCGGUAGCGCUGGACAACCCGGUGUAGGUAGUCAGUCCGGAAUUGGUGGACAACCCGGCAUCGGCGGCCAACCUGGAGCUGGAGGACCACUUGGUGGUGCCGGCACCCAGCAAAUUGGAAUCGGUGGAGGAGCUGCUGGAGGUCAACCAAGUGGACAACCUGGUAUAGGAGGUACGGUUAGCCAACCCGGAACACAAUCAGGAACAGGUCAGCCAGGAGGGCCACCUGGGUAUGGAACCCAAGGAGGAAGUGGACAACCUGGAUACGGAACACAACCAGGAGUCAGCGGUCAACCUGGAGUGGAAGGUACUACUGGCUAUGGCACUCAACCGGGAUCAAGUACAGGUCAGCCUGGAUAUGGAUCUCAGCCAGGAGUAAGCGGACAGCCUGGAGUAGGAACUCAACCUGGUUCAAUCGCCGGCCAACCUGGUUAUGGAACACAACCUGCUGCUGGGGCAGGCCAACCUGGUUAUGGAGCUCAGCCAGGAGUUGGUGGUACUGGUGUUGCUGGAACUCAACCGGGAGGAGGCGCAGGUCAGCCAGGAUAUGGAACUCAGCCAGGAGUAAGUGGACAGCCUGGAAUAAGUGGUACCAGUGGAUACGGAACUCAACCUGGAUCAGGUUCAGGUCAGCCUGGAUAUGGAACUCAACCUGGAUCAGGAGCAGGUCAACCUGGUUAUGGAACUCAACCAGGAGUAGGUGGUACUGCCGGUUAUGGAACUCAACCUGGAUCAGGCGCAGGUCAGCCCGGUUAUGGAACUCAGCCAGGAGUUGAUGGUACUAGUACAGGUCAACCUGGUUAUGGAACUCAACCUGGAUCAGGCGCAGGCCAACCUAGUUAUGGAACUCAACCAGGAGUAGGUGGUACUGCUGGUUAUGGAACUCAACCUGGAUCAGGAGCAGGACAACCAGGUUAUGGAACUCAGCCUGGAUCAGGAGCAGGCCAACCUGGUUAUGGAACUCAACCAGGAGUAGGUGGAACUGCUGGUUAUGGAACUCAACCUGGAUCAGGAGCAGGUCAACCUGGUUAUGGAACUCAGCCUGGAUCAGGAGCAGGCCAACCUGGUUAUGGAACUCAACCAGGAGUAAGUGGUACUGCCGGUUAUGGAACUCAACCUGGAUCAGGCGCAGGUCAGCCCGGUUAUGGAACUCAGCCAGGAGUUGGUGGUACUGCUGGUUAUGGAACUCAACCUGGAUCAGGAGCAGGACAACCUGGUUAUGGAACUCAACCUGGAUCAGGAGCAGGUCAACCUGGAUAUGGAACUCAGCCUGGAUCAGGAGCAGGUCAACCUGGUUAUGGAACUCAGCCUGGAUCAGGAGCAGGCCAACCUGGUUAUGGAACUCAACCUGGAUCAGGCGCAGGUCAGCCUGGUUAUGGAACUCAGCCAGGAGUUGGUGGUACUGCUGGUUAUGGAACUCAACCUGGAUCAGGAGCAGGUCAACCUGGUUAUGGAACUCAGCCUGGAUCAGGAGCAGGCCAACCUGGUUAUGGAACUCAACCAGGAGUAAGUGGUACUGCCGGUUAUGGAACUCAACCUGGAUCAGGAGCAGGUCAACCUGGUUAUGGAACUCAGCCUGGAUCAGGCGCAGGUCAGCCCGGUUAUGGAACUCAACCAGGAGUUGGUGGUACUGCUGGUUAUGGAACUCAACCUGGAUCAGGAGCAGGACAACCUGGUUAUGGAACUCAGCCUGGGUCAGGCGCAGGCCAACCUGGAUACGGUGUUCAACCCGGUACCGGCGGAUAUUCUGGAACUCGUGGAGAUCAACCUGCCACAGGACCUGCUUAUGGAAGUCAAACUGGAUUUGGGGGGCAACCUGGUUAUGGAACUCAGCCAGGAGCUGGUGGCCAGCCUGGAAUCAGUGGAGUUCAACCCGGAACUGGAGGUGGACAGCCUGGUUAUGGUACUCAACCCGGUAUUGGUGGACAGCCUGGAAUUGGUGGAGGUCAACCAGGAACAGGAGUAGGACAACCUGGUUAUGGAACCCAACCCGGUAUUGGUGGACAGCCUGGAAUUGGAGGAGGUCAACCAGGAUUAGUUUACCCUGGUUAUGGAGCUCAAGCCGGUAGUGGUGGACAGCCUGGAGUUGGCGGAGGUCAACCCGGAACAGGGGUAGGACAACCUGGUUAUGGAACCCAAUCCGGUAUUGGUGGACAGCCUGGAAUUGGAGGAGGCCAACCAGGAUUAGUUUAUCCUGGAUAUGGAACUCAACCCGGUAGUGGUGGACAGCCUGGAGUUGGUGGAGUUCAACCCGGAACAGGGGUAGGACAACCUGGUUAUGGAACUCAACCUGGUGUUAGUGGACAGCCUGGAAUAGGAGGAGGACAACCAGGAUUAGUAUACCCUGGUUAUGGAACUCAACCCGGUAGUGGUGGACAGCUUGGAGUUGGCGGAGGUCAACCCGGAACAGGCGUAGGACAACCUGGUUAUGGAACCCAACCCGGUAUUGGUGGACAGCCUGGAAUUGGAGGAGGUCAACCAGGAUUAGUUUACCCUGGUUAUGGAACUCAACCCGGUAUUGGUGGGCAGCCUGGAGUUGGCGGAGGUCAACCAGGAACUGGAGUAGGACAGCAAGGUUAUGGAACUCAACCUGGUAUUGGUGGACAACCUGGAAUUGGCGGAGGUCAACCAGGAACUGGACAAGGACAGCCUGGUUAUGGAACACAACCUGGGGUUGGUGGACAGCCUGGAAUUGGCGGAGGUCAUCCCGGAACUGGAGUAGGACAGCAAGGUUAUGGAACUCAACCCGGUACUGGUGGGCAGCCUGGAAUUGGCGGAGGUCAACCAGGAACAGGAGUAGGACAGCCUGGUUAUGGAACUCAACCCGGCGUUGGUGGACAGCCUGGAAUUGGCGGAGGUCAACCAGGAACUGGACAAGGACAGCCUGGUUAUGGAACACAACCUGGGGUUGGUGGACAGCCUGGAAUUGGCGGAGGUCAACCCGGAACUGGAGUAGGACAGCAAGGUUAUGGAACUCAACCUGGUAUUGGUGGACAGCCUGGAAUUGGCGGAGGUCAACCAGGAACUGGACAAGGACAGCCUGGUUAUGGAACACAACCUGGGGUUGGUGGACAGCCUGGAAUUGGCGGAGGUCAACCCGGAACUGGAGUAGGACAGCAAGGUUAUGGAACUCAACCCGGUACUGGUGGGCAGCCUGGAAUUGGCGGAGGUCAACCAGGAACAGGAGUAGGACAGCCUGGUUAUGGAACUCAACCCGGCGUUGGUGGACAGCCUGGAAUUGGCGGAGGUCAACCAGGAACUGGACAAGGACAGCCUGGUUAUGGAACACAACCUGGGGUUGGUGGACAGCCUGGAAUUGGCGGAGGUCAACCUGGAACUGGAGUAGGACAGCAAGGUUAUGGAACUCAACCCGGUAUUGGUGGACAGCCUGGAAUUGGCGGAGGUCAACCCGGAACUGGAGUUGGACAGCCUGGUUAUGGUACUCAACCCGGUAUUGGUGGACAGCCUGGAAUUGGUGGAGGUCAACAAGGAACAGGAGUAGGACAGCCUGGUUAUGGAACUCAACCCGGCGUUGGUGGACAGCCUGGAAUUGGCGGAGGUCAACCCGGAACUGGAGUUGGACAGCCUGGUUAUGGUACUCAACCCGGUAUUGGUGGACAGCCUGGAAUUGGCGGAGGUCAGCCAGGAACAGGAGUUGGACAGCCAGGAUAUGGAAUUCAGCCUGGUGUUGGUGGACAACCUGGAAUUGGCGGAGGUCAACCCGGAACUGGAGUAGGACAACCAGGUUAUGGAACUCAGCCUGGUAUUGCAGGAGUACAACCUGGAGGUGGCAUAGGACAACCAGGUGUUGGGGGUAGCCAAAUUGGAGCUCCUGGACGUUACACAACUGGUCCUGGUGCUAUUGGUGGCGUUGGUACCCCUGGUGGUGCAGGAUAUAGCGGAGCGACUGGUCUUCUUCCAAGCGGAGCGUCUGGUUCUGGUGGAGUGGAUGACGCUUUCUCACAGGCCGAGUCAGUAAUUGGAGAUGGUCAAGCAUCGGCCAGUGCACAAGGCAAGAAGAACGGAGGUACAGCCAAUACGCAAGUGUCUGGCACCUACUCGAAGGGAAGUUCGUUCAGUGCAAACGCAAUGACUUCCGAUGGCGAUCGUUCAGCCAGCGCACAAGUUACAGGAAACGCUGAUGGGGCAAUGAGUCAGUCACAAGGCUCAGGAGGUCCUUCACAAUCACAAGCUCAAGUCCAACUUAAUAACAAGGAUGGUGGUACUAAAGCGUCUUCUCAGAGCGGUGGUCUCAUACACCAAAGCCAGAGCGAAGUGCAGGCAAACGAUAAGGGCGGAUUAGCUGAUGCUCAAUCCAGUGGACCUGGUCAAACUUCUUCGCAGGCGCAAAUUGGUUUCCGACCAGGUCAGGAUAACAACGGAGCAGCUGCCCAGGGUGGUGGCCAAGCAUCAGCACAAUCGGGUGCUCACUCUGGACAGAGUCAAUCGCAGAUACACGGCACGUCUAGCUUUGGUGUAUCAUACCAUGGUGCUGCUCAAUCUGCAUCAGGCACAAAAGAACAGGUUGCCACUUAUCGCGAGCAGAAUAGAGAGCUUUUCAAUACAAUCAGCCAGUUUGGCAACCCUGGUACUGCUGUGACCGAUCGUGUUGACGCCGUCUACAGUGGCCCAUCGCUUACAUCGGAAUCCGAUAGGAUUCCCGAACUACAGUUAAAAUCCACCAAAACGAGCAAGGAACAAGAUGACAAGACCAAUCAACCCGAGCCUUCAUUAACCGAGAACGAAGAAGUAGAUGAAGGUGAGCUGCCCGAAGAUGAAUACGAUGAAGAUGACUACUACACUGAGCCUGCUAAGCCGAUUAAGCUGGAAGACUAUCCCGCAUCUGCUAGUCAAACGAAGGAUCAGCAGCCAGCUCCAUCAGCAUCAGCUCCAGCACCAACUCUAACCUAUUCCCAAUCUUCACCCACACAAAAGCAACAGGCGGCUGUGCCGAAUUCGCCUACAGACGCAUACAAAGUGAUUCAGAAUCAAAACGGUCGUGUCAACACUUAUCCCACACGUACCACCACCGAAACGGUUCCAAGCGGUUUCCGCGGUACCGUUAACGUAGAGAAAAAGUUUCACACAAAAGCUUUAGAGUUACAUAAGCCUAAGAAGGUUAACAUCAGUCUCGAGGAGGAGGAUGCCAAGCCAACAGAUGUUGUAGCCCAAAAGCCACGCACCCCCGACAGUUAUGUAACUGUCACCAAGUCGGUGACUGGCAGCAUGGAUAACUCAAAGAAUCCGCCUCAGGAGAAUAAAAACUUCCAGUCUACAUAUUACACAAAGUCGUCGACGUGCGGCUAUUUCACAUUCUCUUGCAACAUUGUCUAUGGCGCCAAUGGACGCAGUAAGAUCUGUCGGCCUAAGGCGCCGGCGAACAGCAAGUGCUAGGAAGCCAUCCACGGAGUUCCGGAGAGGACUCAACACUUAAACAGUUAAAGUUAAUCACUAACCUGCUUUGCUUACAUUUGAAGCACGUUCUUUAAGCAUUUAAGUUUUUGCUAAUUAAUUUUAGAGAUACCCUCCAUUUUACUAUUCGUGCACAAAUUGAAAUUGUAAUUAAUAUUUAAUAUGUAAUAAAAACAACACACACACUGCCGUCAAAACGUUUUAGCCAAAACAAAAAACAAUCACAAAUUGCAUUUUUUUU